AAUAACUCGAAACAUCUAAUCUAAACUCCGUCCGUGGUGUAUCAUCCAUUUCUCUAGCUUGAAAAACUGAUAAUAAAAUAUAUUAUUAUUAUCUUUGCUCAUUGUAAACUUGGUUUGCUAACUUGGCUAACACAUUAACUAAAAUCACAGUUGACAGUUCUUUCGUGGUAAUUAUUGAAAUGUUUAUGUAACGUAGCAUUGUUCGGAUCGUUGAAUAAGUGUAUCAUCUUUUGUUGCAGAUACUUUCGCAGUGAGUGUGCAGUGCAUUUUGGUCAUUCGAAGCGAGUGUCAGUGUAGUGUAAGGUGGUGACGAGUGGUGAUGUGCUAGUGGGUGGGUGCAGUGCAGUGGAUGCUGAGGCGAAGGUAUAGCGCGAGCCGUGGCAUGGUGCCGGGCAGGUAGCGCGCGCGGGCGGCCUGCGCAGGCCCCACACAAGCAGCUGCGUGUGUUCCCCAGCGUCGUCUAUGGCCGAGCAACACAUUACACCGUCGUCGCACUCUGCACUCACGAGAGAGUCCAGUGGGUCUUCUCCUAGCAGGGUGGUGGGCGGUCGGUGGUUGCGUCAGGUGCGUCAAGUGAGUCACAGCCGUCGUAAUCGACGUAACGUGACGUCGCCCCUGCCGCGGUCCACCAGCCGGCACUCGUCCGGACACGCCGACAACGAACCACACCCGCACGUGGAGCUGCGCAGGAGCUCUAGGCUCGUCAACUCAUUGCCCCGCUCCGACUACUCCAUCACUGAACGCUGGUCCUACGGCGCCGACGUUUACGAGACGCGCUGCGACACCGCUCACUUCAAAAGUGGAGACGUAGACAAUCAUAGUUCGUACACGAAACGCGGAAGAACUUCCUCGCAUGACAGGAAGAAACGCAAAAGCCAUUCCAUAUCAAACAGCACUGAAGAGUGCGUCGCGUAUUGCACACGCUCACGGACUGCUCUUAAAUCCACUGAGAGUGCUUGUGAGCCUUUCCCGAACAAUUUAAAGGUACAAACACUGCCACAGUUAUCAGUUAACCAGGAGACAGAUAAUUCUAUACCACAGUUACCACUUAAUCAUUCAGAAGGUGGUUUACUCCCCCUGGAAGAUAGAGAUUUUGCAUAUUCACCGUUUAGCUCAUCGACAGUUACAGAGUUAUUAGACUCUGAUUAUUCUGUAUAUAGUCCAACAGCAAGCAGGAGAAAAGGUAAAAAGAGGAAGAGAUCUUCGCAUCGUUCCUUAUCAAGUAGAAAAAGUAGUAGUUGCUUGCUUAAUUUAGAAGAGUGUAAAAAGAAAUUUAAAAUAGAUCCGUAUAGUAAAGAUUUGCCAGACACAAGCAGAGAGGCACUAGGGGAAGCUAGGAUUCUUAAACAAGAGACUGACAUAGUAGAUCAAGGAACAGCAUCUCAAAGUGCGUGCGCAUAUUCGUUGCGAAAUAGAAAUCUUCGUGACCUUGGAUCAUCUACCUCAACUGUUAUUUGUGAUAAUUCAGCGAGUCCGUCGACGAGCGACGUGGUGUACAGCCAAACUAUAGUAGAACGCAAAAGCACCACUGACACUUACGGAAGGACAGUCACUCCUCCGCCUUAUAAAGAUAUACAAGAAGCUAGUUCAUCGAAAGGGCAUCAUAGUUCAGCCAGCAAGCUUCUUAUUGUCCCGAGAGACCUUCCUUACUUACGUCAAACUAACGCACGGCGGAGUAUCGCUGCUGCGACGGGGUCUACUCUGGGUGCUUGCUUGACGAGGGGAGCUAGUACUUCACAGCGCCAGAGACAGGAUUCUGGAACAAAAAGACAAGUGUCUGGCGGUGAGGGCGCGAGCAGUAGUGCGGCGGGCGGGCGGCGAGCGCGAGCUCGCGACAUGCCUCAGCCGCAGCCGGCGUCCACGCGACGGGACAAACGAGGCAAAAGCAGUCUGGGUUCGUGUGCCAGCACUGGUGGUGCGUCCAGCAGGUCUCACCCCCAGCCAUUAACCACGGGUGCCGUGGCAUCUACAUCUUCCACACCGCCGGCAUCAGCUUCAGCCGCCACAAUGCCUGACAAUGUGUCUACCGACUCUAAACUCAAGAGCAAAGCGGCAUCGUCAGCGGAAGAAUGCGCCGGCGGCGCGGGUGGGGUGAGCGGUGUGGGCGGGGGUGUAGGUCUGGUUGGGGCAGUGGGGGGCGCGGGGGCGGGGGUGAGCGCUGUACCGGGCGCGGGAGCUGAGGAGUCCUCCUCCGAAGAGGGGGAGGUGGGGAGACUGCAGGCGUUGCUGGAGGCGCGCGGACUGCCCCCGCAUCUACUGGGCGCGCUGGGCCCGCGGAUGCAGCACCUACUGCACAGGACUGUCACUGCCAACUCUGCCGCAUCGAAAGCUGCCCAACUGCUAGCCGGGCUGCAGGCGACCGGAGACGAGGGUCAACAGCUACAGGCCGUGAUCGAAAUGUGCCAGUUGCUGGUCAUGGGCAAUGAAGACACCCUGGCCGGCUUCCCUGUGCGACAGGUGGUGCCCGCGCUGGUCAAUCUGCUCGCCGCCGAACAUAACUUCGAAUUGAUGAACCACGCGUGCCGUGCCCUGACUUACAUGUUGGAAGCACUACCUCGUAGCAGUGGCGCGGUGGCGCUGGCCGUGCCCGCAUUCUUGGACAAAUUGCAAGCGAUCACUUGCAUAGACGUAGCCGAACAAAGUCUCACUGCAUUGGAUAUGCUCUCGCGAAGGCACUCCAAGGCUAUACUGCAAGCGCGUGGAGUGUCUGCCUGCCUCACGUAUUUGGAUUUCUUCUCAAUAAGUGCACAACGCGCAGCGCUCUCGAUUACCGCCAACUGCUGCCAAAACCUGACUCCUGAUGAGUUCCACCUUGUCAGAGACUCGUUGCAACUACUUGCUAAUAGACUCACACAACAGGACAAGAAAUCGGUAGAAUGUGUAUGUCUGGCGUUCUCGCGCCUCGUAGACAGCUUCCAACACGAUCCUGCGCGUUUGCAAGAAAUCGCCACUCCCGAGCUGCUUGCUAAUCUUCAGCAACUGCUGGUGGUGCAGCCACCCCUGAUCUCUGGCGGGACAUUCAUCACGGUACUACGCCUGUUGUGGGUGAUGUGCUGCGCGUGCCCGCAGCUGGCGCUCGCGCUGCACCAGCGCUCCAUCGCCGACACGCUGCUGUGCCUGCUCACCGGCGCUGGCUCCAGCGCGCACCACGAGCAAGUGGAAUUGCUGCCCCGCCUGCCCCAAGAGUUGUACGAGAUUACGUGCCUCAUAGGCGAGCUGAUGCCGCGCCUGCCCACGGACGGCAUUUUCGCCGUCGACGCGUAUCUGGACCGACCCUGGUCUGCGCCUACAGAUAGAACUGCGCAUUGGCAGUGGAGGGAUGAUAGAGGCGUGUGGCGUUCGUAUUCAUGGGCAGAAAGCCGCGCUCUGGAAGCAGGUGCGGCCGCGGGUGAGGAGGAGGUCUGCCUCACGACCCUGGGCCGCUCGUACACUGUCGACCUGGCGGCGAUGCAGCAACUCAACGACCACACCGGCACCGCGCGGCCCGUGCAGCGCGUGCCGCCGCCCCAGCGCGCCGACGCCACGCCCACUGCCACCCCGCCCGCCCCAGAUCCCCGUAUCGCAAUGAUGCGAAGCAAUCCAUCGCUAGCCCGCGCUCUUCUCGCCGUAUUACACGAAGUUUACUGGAGCUCGGCGGGGCCGGCGGUUCGCUCGCAAGCACUAAAAGCGAUACUGCGCUGCGUCUAUUACGCCGACGCGCCGAUGCUGCGGCAAGUACUUAAAAUGCAGGUGAUAUCGUCGCACAUCGCGGGCAUGAUGGCGUCGAGUGACCUCCGCAUAGUGGUCGGGUCGCUACAAUUAGCUGAGAUUCUGAUGCAGCAGCUGCCCGAGGAGAUGGCGGUGCAGUUCCGCCGCGAGGGGGUGCUGCACCAGGUGGCGCAGCUGGCGGAGCGACACGCGCCCCGGACACCCAAGAUUAAGUCUCCAAGCAAUAGCAACGUUCGUUCGAGCGGCGGCUCGUCUCCGCCCGCUUCUACGUCGGCCACUUCUCUGGACCACAACCUAUCGCUCGCGUUCUCAGCAUCUAGCUCGUUCGUCGCGACUAGUCUACCAACGGCCAGCAGUGAAUGCAGCGGGUCAGAACCAGGCCCUGCGUCAGGUUCCGCUCUCCAACAGACGUCCACUACAGUUCACAGAUCUGGUAGCCCGCUCCAGCUAGCGGAGAUGUUGAAACGUAAACGCGCGGUGAAGCGGUCUGGCGGCGCGGGCGGCAGGCACGCGCGCCGCCGUGACGAUGCCGCGCCACACGUGCCACACGCCGCGCACGCGCCGCACGCGCACCAACAGGCCACGCACGCAUCCGGCGUCCCGGCGGCGGCGCGUUCAGCGAGCCGCGUUGGCGGCGCAUCCAAGACUUCAUCGUUCCUGUCCUCUUUGAACCCGUCGCGGUGGGGACGAGCGCCCCACGCCCACAAAGACUCCGCCCUACUAGCCUCGCCUCACCAGCCCGCCAAUCUCACCGUCCAGAACAAGGAGAAGGUGCGCGAAUGGAUCCAGUGGACCGCGGCCCGUUUGCAGCGCGAAUGGGGCGCCCUAGGCGGCGGUGCCGGCCCCCUGGAACAACUUGCGGCACUCGCGGCCGCUUUGCCGCACGUACCGCACCAGCGUGCCGCGCUCGAGCAACUGCGCGACACGUUGCUGCAGCACGACGUGUCGCCCUUCGAGGUAAAUCACUCGGGCGUCCUCGGCGCUUUACUCCAAUUCCUCACUGGUAGCGAGAGUGAAGAUGCGGACACGGAGGGGGAGGGCCGCGACGACGAACACAUGGCCGCAUGCGAAGACCGCCUGCGACUGUUCCUGCACGUGUUCGCCGAUAUGCCUCUAACUACCGAAACCGAGUGGGAAGAGAACGAGACUGCGCUCAAGUUGUUCGGCAGCAACGCGGGCGCGUUGUCCGCGCUCGUGGCCAAAGUGAACGCGUGCGUGUCGCACCUGGAGCAGUUCCCCGUGCGCGUGCACGACCUGCCCGCGCGCCCCGCCACCUCCGCGCUCAAGUUCUUCAACACGCACCAGCUGAUGUGUGAUCUCAAACGUCAUCCGACAUGCACCAACCUGAAGCAAUGGAAGGGAGGUGUUGUCCGUAUUGACCCCUUAGCAUUAGUACAAGCCAUUGAAAGAUAUCUAGCACAGCGCGGAUACGCGAGUCCUCGCCAACGCGACGGAUCUGCGUCAGGCGCCCAUUCUGACGACGACGCUGCCUCUGACGAUGACGUGGACGAUGCUCUAGCCACCCCCCCACACCACCACACUGCCGACACCGAACACAAACUGGAGUUCCUGAUUGGAGACACGGUGUUACCUUACAACAUGACCGUGUACCAGGCCGUGAGACAGUUCAGCGAACAGACAGAUGCUGAUACCGACACAGAGACUCCACUUGCAAAUGCUGGCAUUUGGAUCCAAACGCACACGAUCUACUACCGCGCGGUGGAGGCCGGCGAACAGCCGCGCUCGGAUACUACCGCUUCACGGAAAGGCAAGGGGCAACCCACUAAAUUGUCUUCAAGACGGAAACCGGAUUUGCUUUGGAAUGAGGGUGUAGUACCUUCGCGUGAGUCGCCGUUAGUAGUAAUGCUUCGGUCACCGCUCCUGGGUGGAGGAAGUGGUGGGGGUGGUGGCGCGGAUAUAAAGGACGCGUCGCUGCCGGCACUGGGCGUUUUGCGCGCGCUGCACGCACUGGCGCGUCACUGGCACACACUGUACCGCGCCGUGUGUCUGCCCGACCAGCGCCCGCUUGUACCCAAUGCCGACUUUAUCAACGCCAAGUUGGCUGCCAAAGCGAAUCGACAAUUGCAAGACCCUCUUGUAAUAAUGACUGGGAAUCUACCUCCAUGGUUGAAGAAAAUAGCGUAUGCCUGUCCGUUCGUGUUCCCGUUCGAGUGCCGGCACUUGCUGUUCUACGUGGUAUCGUUUGACCGCGACCGCGCGUUACAACGCCUCCUAGAAGCGGGCGGGGAACGAGGCGCGGCCGGCGCCGGUGCAGGCGCUGACAGCGAGAGAGUAGCCCCGAGACUCGACCGACGCAAACGGACAGUGCAGCGACACAACGUCUUGAGGCAAGCGGAACACGUCAUGCACGAGUUCGCGCACUCCAAGGCCCUCCUAGAAAUACAAUACGAGAACGAAGUCGGCACCGGCCUCGGACCUACGCUCGAAUUCUACGCGCUAGUCUCGCAGGAGCUGCAGCGCGCUGAUCUAGACGUUUGGCACGGUAGCGAGAACUUCAAACAGAAACCUUCCUUUGGCGGGGAGAUUGUCAAGAGCCAACCGCCCGUUGUGACUGACAGGUCUUCGGAUGCGGCUGCGAGACUCGCGUCUUCUGUACGUGACGCGUUGAGUUUAGACGAAGAUCGCGCCCCGGAACCGUCAGAUUUGGAGAAGGAGACGUUGAUUCCGUCGCCCGCGCCCGACGCCACUUACGUUUCGUGGCCGUGCGGAUUGUUCCCGCAGGCUAUCGGCAGAAAUGCACGCGCUUCGCAUUUGUCCCGCGUCAAAGCCAAGUUCCGCUUCCUCGGCAAGUUUAUGGCGAAGGCUGUCAUGGAUUCGAGAAUGGUGGACAUCCCGCUGUCGGUGUCGAUGUACCGCUGGGUGGUGAUGGAGCAACGCUGGCUGAGCCUUAGCGACGUGCGCCACGUCGCGCCCGAGCUGUGGCGCUCGCUGUGCCGCCUGCGCCGCGUGGCCGAGCGCGCGCGUCGCAUCGCUGUGGACCCGCGCCACACGUCCGACCAGCGCUCGCAGAUGAUAAGUGCAUUGGAACUGGACGGCUGCCCCAUAGAGGAGUUGGGUCUGGACUUCAUCCUACCCGGAGAUGGAUGCACAGAAUUGAGGCGCGGCGGGCGCGACUUGCCCGUCACUGCACAUAACCUACACAACUACAUAGAUCUCGUUACGCACUGGCUGUUAUAUGAAGGUGUGAGUAAACAAAUGGAAGCAUUCAGAGAAGGAUUUGAAUCAGUCUUCCCUCUGACCAAUCUCAAAAUAUUUUACCCUGAGGAACUAGAACAAGUAUUCUGUGGAAGCCCAUCAGGUGGUCGUGAGCAGCGUUGGGAACCGCGCAUGCUGGCCGAAUGCAUCCGGCCCGAUCACGGGUACACGGCGGAGUCGCGCGCAAUCCGCAUGCUGAUCGACAUCCUCGCGUCCUACUCGCGCGACGAGCAACGCCUGUUCCUGCAGUUCGUGACCGGCAGCCCGCGCCUGCCCACUGGCGGCUUCAAGGCAUUGAACCCGCCACUGACGGUGGUGCGCAAGUCGCUCGAGUCCUCACUGGACCCGGACGAGUACCUGCCGUCGGUGAUGACGUGCGUCAACUACCUGAAGCUGCCCGACUACAGCAGUGCCGACGUCAUGCGCGCCAAACUGCGGCUCGCCGCCUCCGAGGGGCAGCACUCCUUCCACCUCUCCUGAAUACCCCGCCCCCCUACCACCCCCUCCCUUUCCCACUCAUCCCCCACACGUGUGAAUGCGGUUAGUGAUAUAUGUAGUUAUCGCGCGACUGGCGCGUCACCACACCGUCUAUGUGCAAUUGGAGUGAUCCCCCCCCCCCUUCCCCUCAACGUGACGGACGCUCGAAAGUGCUGUGCGUUCUAUAUAUUUUCGUUUCUCAUUUGGAUUAUUUUAGAUUACAUUAUAUUAUGUUAAUAAUUAUUUUGUGUUAAUUUAAUGUGAUAGCUUUGUAUAUUACUUUAUAAAUAUAAAGAGAGAACGUACUCUCGCGAUGGUGUAAUAGAGUAUAUUAUAUAUAUUGUCGAUGUGCGACCGGCCGCUCUGGAGUUCGUGUCCAACGACCCCUACCGUCACUUCUGUUUAGGUACAUGAUAUACAUUAAAUAUAUAUUAUUAUUAUGCGAGCUGUUUGAUGGACCACAGAAAAUGUAGUCCAAUGAACUUCGAUAGCAUUUAUUACCAAACGGUGUAUGUUUUGAGUAACUUUAAGUAUGAUUAAUGAGUAAAGAAAAAGUGCAAAAUUUAAUAUGUAACAAUUUCAAUAAAACCAUGUAAACAAUAUUG